AUGGCCGAAUCAGAACCUCAGGAAGGAAACUAUGAAAACCUGGUAAAGGCAGUGGAGGACCUGAAGAGGGACUUAGAAAAACUUAUGGAGGAAAUGGAAAAACUAACAGUGCAGGCAACCUGGAUGGCAUAUGACAUGGUAGUCAUACGUACCAACCCAGAUCUAGCCAACUCCAUGAAGCGUUUGGAAGAUGCCUUCCUGAGUUGCAAAGAAGAGAUAGAGAAGAAAUGGCAAGAGGUGCUAACAGAAUCUAAAGGUGAAGAGCAAAAAGAGGAAUAAAUUUAAUUCAGUCAUGCUGGCAGAAGAACUACAUCCCUUGGAAAAUCACUCCAGUCUUUUUGUUUUCCAGCUGUGGAGGUUUCACAAACAUUGUGGAAAAUGGAUUUGCUUUCAUCUUGCUAAAACUACUUAAAACUAUACAUCUAUGGAAGUAAUUUAGU